AGCUUUCGGAUGCCUAACGCGGACAAUCCAUAUUGUUCGAUUCAUUCGGAAUCGUUUGAAAAAAGAUCAAUCCCAGUGUGCAACGCAAACAAUCAGCCCGGUCGCUUAGAAACCACACGUCCCAGUGUGCCACGCUCCAGGUCCCAGUGGGCAGGAGGCAGGAGGGAGGCUGUGGCAUUCUGGGAGUUGUAGUCUCCGGGCAAGUCCCGCCUCUAGAGCGGCUUCGAAGGCCUGCGUGUGGAGAAAAGCCUCCAGGGAGAGCGGCGCUGCCCUACAACCUUCGCCCCCUUGCCCCCGCCUCUUCCCCACAACCCAAAAUGGCCGCGGGUGUGGAUUUUGGCGACCUAGAGUUAUUCGAGGCGUUUGACCCUCAAGAGGAGUCGACCCCGAAGCCCGUUCACACCCGCUUCAAGGACGACGAGGAGGAGGAGGAGGACGACGACGACGAGAAUGGGGUGGGGGACGCGGAGCUCCAGGAGCAGCUUCGGCACUGCGAGGAAACCAUCCAGCAACUCCGCGCCGAGAAUCAAGAACUUAAAAGAAAAUUGAACAUUCUGACAAGACCCAGUGGCAUACUGGUGAGCAAUACUAAGAUAGAUGGACCCUUAUUACAAAUUCUGUUUAUGAACAAUGCUAUUUCAAAGCAGUACCACCAAGAAAUAGAAGGGUUUAUAUCAAAUUUAGUAAAACAAUUUGAGGAACAGCAAAAAAAUGAUGUGGAAAAGACUUCCUUCAGCCUUUUACCCCAGCCAUCCAGUGUUACGUUGGAAGAGGACCAUAAAGUGGAAGAAUCGUGUGCCAUUAAAAACAACAAGGAAGCUUUCAGUGUAAGUUUGGACUCUUCAUUUUUAAUUCUGCAGAUGUGUGAUUCCUGUUUAUCAGUUGGGUGGCUUAAUGAUAAGAUGGUGUAGUCACAUGACUUGAUAGGAUCACAGCGUUUUCUUGUAAUAAACAGUAUUGUAAUUGUCAUCCUCUAAAUAUCAUUUGUUCUUUAGUGAUUGUUGCGCGCUGUUGUGAGGACACAGUAUACUUUAUUCACAAGAGUUUGUAUUGGUCCUGACCAGCCUCUUCAUGUUAUCUUGAAAAUUUUGACUAAAGAAGUAGAAAGGCUUACACACAGAUGAAGCUGAGAGAAGUAGCUGAUGUAACAUGGCAUGUUUAAAACCUGAAAUGUCAAUAGGCUUAAUUAGUUUGUAAAAGCAAAAGCUUAACAGGGAGAACCUAUAUUUAGGCCUUCAGUUCUUUCACAGAAUUCAUUGGUAUCAAACCAUUUUGUAGCAUACUCACAAAGGAUGACUAGUUUUCAUGCUAUGGGAUAUGCCCCCGAUAAUACCCCAAUUUUAAAGACAUGGGGCUGCUGAGAUGAUGAAGAGCCGCAAGUCUCAUGAAAAAACUUGAAAGGAAUGUUGUGUCUCUGCAAAUUCAAUAGUAGUUGUUACGUAUCACGCUUCAUAGCAUCUCUGGUAGAAUAGGAUUAGUGAUAGACUUUAGAACAAGAGGUGCAUUUGAGCUCGGUCUUAGAGAGCUCACACAGGUGUGGCCUUGGCGGCUCAUCCUUGUAAUCCCAGCACCCAGGGCAAAGGCAGAAAGGAAAAGGGAAAAGGUUAGGCUGGGCACGUAGCUUAGUGGUAGAGUACUUACUUAGGAUGUGUGAGUCGCUGGGUGGUGGUAUCAUUGCUGCUGUUAUUCUUAGCCUGGAGAGAUAGCUGAGCAGUUAGGACGGGUACCACUCUUGUGGAAGAACUGAGUUUGAUUCCCAGCACUUAACCUGGGUGCCUCACAACCACAGAUAACUCCAGCUGCAGGGAUCCAACACCUCUAGCCUCCCCAGGGACUGGCAUUUGUAUCACAUACACUCAAACAC